AUGGGCUGGAGCGGGACCAGCGUGAGCGGCCGGCGGAGGUGGGCGCGGCGGUCCUGCCGGACGGGAGGAGGCAGAGGAGGAGCCGGUGGGGUUGUCAGGCGGACCGUCGCGGCGCCGGCGACCACUGCUCCGCGGGUUACCGAAGGGUUUGCUCAUGUGGACAAGCAACGGCGUGUUCAUGGAGUAUUAUCAGAUUUCAGAUGCAACAGUGGAUCAACAGAUCAUCUUUCUUCGAAUAUUGGGGAAUUCAAGCAUAAGAGCUCCCACAGAACGUCUACAUGCCCUCCUAGCAUGCAGAGACUUGGAACAGAAAUCAAACAUGAUGCUGCAAGGGGAGUUCAAGUAGAUAAGACCUCCAAUGAUAACGGAUUGUGUCAUGCUAGCAACACUGUUUCAGGAAUGCCCAUUCGACCUAAAUAUUAUCUCAGCAAUCCCAACAACAAUUUGAAGAAUCCUCUGACUGUAAAGAGUUGUAGUGAGAUCAGUGAUUUCAGUUAUCAACUGUUCAGAAGUGCUAAAAGGUCAGCUUCUCCAAAGAUGGGUUUAACCAGCACAAACUGUUCCCUUUCUGAGAAAAUGUCUUUGCUACGUCAACCACGGCAUGGUGAUAAUCAUCAGAACCAAAACUGUAUCAGUGCUUUGAAUCAAAGACACAAAAUCGUGACUCCUAGAGGAGCAACUGACCUGCUAAAUAAAGAUAAUGUUCAUGAACACCUUAAUUCCUCAUUGGAAAGACAUUCACAGGCUUUGUUAAAUAAUGCAUUGAUUCGAGAAAAGCAACUGUGCUGUUCAGAUAUACUCAAUCAAAAAGGACCUGAACAGACAUGGAGCUCCACUUACAGUGAAUCUGAGAAGAUAUUAUGCUUUUCCUCCAGUGACAGCAUUGAUGAUCUGCAAGCAUCGUCUUCAAGUGACACUAGUGAUAGCUCCAACUUAUCAUCUCUGGGUGUAAUAGCUAGUGAUCAAUGGAAUACGACCUUCAAGAAGGGAUACUACCCUCAUGCUGCAUGCCUAGACUCUACAUCUGUCAUCUACGCUAAAGAGAUAGGUCAGGCUAGCCCAAUAUCUGUUCUUCAACCUCUAUCUGAAGAUUGUUCUGAUUCUGAAAACAUCAGGCGAGAGCCUGCAGAUCCAUAUGAUCUCCAACUGAGACUUGAGCUUGGCACAUUUGCACCAACAGAGACUGCUGCGGAGGCAAGUAGCAUUGUUGGAACUAGUGACUGUUUAUCCUCUGAAGUGGAGCUGAGCGACGAGAAACCCAUACAGCUGGUUGAAGAUAUUCUUGAAGGAUUUGAAGAUGAUGAGGAAAGGGACUUCUCUUACUUGCUGGAUAUGCUGAUCGCUUCUGGAAUUCAUGGAACUGCCGAGGAUCAAAUGUACAGGGUGUGUCAGUCUCUCGACUACCCUGCUGGUGAUGAUGUAUUUGAGAAGCUGGAAAAGAAGUACAUAAAAGUUGUUCAGUGGUCAAGAUCAGACAGGAAGCUUUUAUUCGAUAUGAUCAACACAAUACUAUCACAAAUCCUUGCCCCAUGCUUGAACAUGCAACCUUGGGUCAAUACUACUAGGAACUUGGCACCACUUUGGGGCUCAGAGGGUCUCUUGGAGAAAGUCUUGCAGGUGCUAGUUCAGAGACGGGAACAACUUGCACCCAGUGAGACUAAGCCAGAGAAGAAAGGAUUUGACACGAAGUGGCAAGAUUUAGUAGACUGCAUCGACAGGGCAGGAAGGGACAUUGAGAGAAUGAUAAAAGAUGAUCUGUUGGAAGAGCUGGUCCUGGAGUUUCUGUGCAGUUAG